AUGUUGGCAGCUAGAUCUAGUCAAAUACUUCGAAACCGUGGUGCUCAGCGGUUUUUCCAAUCAUCUGCCCGGGUGUUGGCCGACGUACAAGUCACUGUCGACGGCAAGACUGUCAACAUAGAAGCCGGCUCUUCAAUCAUUCAAGCUGCCGAUAAAGCUGGUGUAACGAUUCCUCGUUACUGUUACCAUGAUAAGUUGGCAAUUGCUGGUAACUGUCGUAUGUGUUUGGUCGAUGUCGAAAGAAUGCCCAAGUUGAUUGCAUCAUGUGCCAUGCCCGUCCAGAACGGGAUGGUGGUUCAUACCGAUUCCGAGAGAAUCAAGAAAGCUAGAGAAGGUGUGACAGAAAUGUUAUUGGAAAACCAUCCAUUGGAUUGUCCAGUUUGUGACCAGGGUGGUGAGUGUGAUUUACAAGACCAGUCACAGAGAUAUGGAAGUGACAGAGGUAGAUUCAAGGAGUUGGUGGGUAAGAGAGCCGUUGAAAACAAGGCAAUUGGUCCUUUGGUUAAGACUUCCAUGAACAGAUGUAUUCACUGUACCAGAUGUGUUAGAUUCAUGAACGAUGUGGCCGGGGCCCCAGAAUUGGGUACGGCCGGUAGGGGUAACGAUAUGCAAAUCGGUACUUAUAUUGAAAGAAACAUCAACUCUGAAAUGUCUGGUAACAUCAUUGAUUUAUGUCCUGUGGGGGCCUUAACUUCCAAGCCAUAUGCUUUCAGAGCCAGACCUUGGGAAUUGAAGAGAACUGAAACCAUCGAUGUGAUGGAUGCUAUUGGCUCCAACGUUAGAGUUGAUGCCAGGGGUAUUGAAGUCAUGAGAGUAUUACCUAGAUUGAAUGAUGAAGUUAACGAAGAAUGGAUCUCCGAUAAGUCCAGAUUUGCUUGUGACGGUUUGAAGACCCAAAGAUUGACUAAUCCUUUAAUCAGAAAUGGUAACUCCUUUGAUGUGUCUACUUGGGAUGAAGCCUUGGCCAAAAUCACCGAGGCUUUCAAGACCAUUCAACCAAAAGCCAAUGAAAUCAAAGCCAUUACUGGUGCGUUAACUGAUGCCGAGUCUAUGGUUGCCUUGAAGGACUUACUCAACAAAUUGGACUCUGAACACGUCACCACUGAUGUUCAGUUAUCCACCGAUGCCACUGGAUUCGAUGUCAGAGCUAACUACAUUUUUAACUCCACCAUCGAUGGAAUUGAAGAUGCCGAUCAAAUCUUAUUGGUGGGUACCAACCCCAGACAUGAAGCAGCUGUGUUGAAUGCCAGAAUCAGAAAGGUGUGGUUGAGAUCCGAAUUGGAAGUCAGCCAAAUUGGUGAAGAAUUCUCUUCUACCUUCGGAUUAGACCAUUUGGGUACUGAUUCCAAGGCCUUGAAGAAAGCUUUGGAUGGUGGAUACGGUAAAAAAUUGGCCCAGGCCAAGAAGCCAUUAAUCAUCGUUGGUUCUGGUGUGGCAGACUCUGAAGAUUUGAGUGCCAUUUACAAGAUUAUUGGAGAGUUUGCUUCAAAGAAUGCCAACUUCAAUUCCCCAGAGUGGAAUGGAGUUAACUUAUUACACAGGGAAGCUUCUAGAGCCGCAGCUUUAGACUUGGGAUUCCAAACCGUGUCCAAGCAAGUGGCAGAAACAAAGCCAAAGAUAAUCUAUUUGUUGGGUGCUGAUGAAAUUGCCAACAAAGACAUUCCAAAAGAUGCCUUUGUUAUUUACCAAGGACACCAUGGUGACUUGGGUGCGUCAUUUGCCGAUGUCAUCUUACCCGGUUCAGCUUACACGGAGAAGUCUGCUACUUAUGUCAAUACCGAAGGUAGAGUUCAAACCACCAGAGCUGCUGUUAACCCUCCAGGAGUUGCCAGAGAAGACUGGAAGAUCAUCAGAGCUUUAUCUGAGUACUUGGGACAAACAUUACCAUACAAUGAUAUUUAUGCCAUCAGAUCUAGAUUGGGACAAAUUGCCCCACAUUUGGUGAGACAUGAUGUGAUUGAACCAACCUCAUCAGAAGUUGCUACCAUUGGUCUCAAGGAUAUAACUACCAGAACCAAAUCCAUAACCACAGUUGGUGUACCAUUGAAGAAUCCAAUUAAGAACUUUUAUUUCACUGACGUGAUUUCGAGAUCUUCUCCAACCAUGGCUAAAUGUAUUGGGACCUUUGGAGCUAAAGUCGAUAAAAUUAUCGACGAAAAGCCCCAAAUCGACAUGGCUUAA